UCUAUUUCAUCCAUCCCCGGACACCACCAUGACAGCUCAAUUGCCGCUUCUCCUGCUGUUUGUGAUUUUGAAUCCAGGGGAGCUAUUCUUGGGUGUAAUUGGCAAGCCCCACAAGGCAAAACAUGGAGUGACAGCACCCAGUGAGGAGCCCUGCCAUUUCCCUUUCCGUUAUCAACGCAAAAUGCACCAUUCCUGCCUCCCUGGUGCCUUCCUUAUAUCUCAGCCCUGGUGCGCCACCACAGAAAACUAUGACCGAGACCAACAAUGGAAGUUUUGUGGGAAAGAGGAAAGGCCAACAGGGUACUGUGAUCCUAACCCCUGCCAAAAUGGGGGUGCCUGUGAAGCUAGGAAGAAGGGGUUCCACUGUAUCUGCACAGCUGGUUUCCAUGGGAGGCACUGUGAGAAAGAAGGCUGCUUUGGAGCGCAAAGAUUGUUUCAUGUUGGCAAGAAGGAAACAUGGCUGCAAUACUUUCCCUCUACUGGACUGAAGGACUGCCGCUGUGACAGAAAGAAGAUUCUCUGCAAGACUGUGCAUGGAAAGGCGUGCAAAAGCAACCCCUGUCUGAAUGGAGGCCAGUGCAUACAGCUGGGUCAGAACUUGGUCUGUGGCUGUCUUGAAGGGUUUUCUGGGCCGCUCUGUGACAUAGAUCACACUCAGAUCUGCUACAGUGGGAAUGGGCACCGAUACCGAGGCAUGGCUCAGAGCAGUUCCUCGGGGGCACCCUGCCUGCCCUGGGACUCCCCCAUCCUGCUUACGGAGUACUCCACCAAACUCAGCAAUGCAGUGAACCUGGGCCUAGGGGAACAUGCCUUCUGCAGAAAUCCAGAUAAUGACACCCAGCCAUGGUGUUUCUUGCUGCGAGACAGACAAAUCACCUGGGAAUACUGUAAUAUCACCCGCUGUCAUCCCCAAACUGCUGGUGAACUGAUAACCAAAGAAACAGGAGCACCCUUGGAGACGACGCCCUCAGGCCAGAUGGAUAGCAAACCCUGGUCUGGCACUGGCUCAGCUCCAGUUUGCGGACAGCGCUAUACAAAGGUCAUUUCCUCACGCAGCCGUGUCGUAGGGGGUAUGGUGGCACUUCCUGGUGCCCAUCCCUAUCUUGCUGCCCUCUACAUUGGAGAGCAAUUCUGUGGAGGAAGCCUCAUUGCUUCCUGCUGGGUCCUAACUGCUGCACAUUGUCUGGAAUUCAGGCCAGAUGUGUCUAGAAUUUCAGUGGUGCUUGGACAGAUCUUCUACAACGCCAGCACUAAAGGCACUGUGAAGUUCCAGGUACAGAAGUAUCAACUGCAUGAGAAUUAUUCACAAAUCACUAAGCAGCAUGACAUUGCUCUGAUCCAAUUGAAGGAAAAGUCCCCAGGACAUUGUGUUGAAUUUUCAAACUCCAUUUUACCUAUAUGCCUGCCUGGUUCCUCAGAGGCAGCUAACAGCAGUGAACGCUGCCAAAUUGCAGGAUGGGGACACAUGUAUGAAGGAGCUGACAAACUCUCUGUACAUCUGCAGGAGGCAGAUGUGCCCAUCAUUCCUAAUGAGCAGUGCCGUUCCCCAGAGGUGCAUGGGUCCCACAUUACUGAACACAUGCUAUGUGCCGGAUACCUGGAAGGAAGAAUUGAUGCAUGUCAGGGAGAUUCUGGCGGGCCCCUGGUAUGUGAAGAGCAAGGCAAGGCCACCAUCCGUGGCAUUGUCAGCUGGAGCACAGGCUGUGCGCAAGAGAACAAACCUGGGGUUUACGCCAAUGUCGCUCACCAUCUCAGCUGGAUUCAAAGCAACAUGCAUUAGCAAGCCAGAGAGUGGAUGCCAGUGAAACUGAAAAAGAAGCCUGUGCAGCAGCUCUCUUCCUGUGCUUGGGCGUCUUUCUCUCUCUUAUUGUAUGUGCAGUUCCUUAGGCUAGAUGCUGAACAUUACAGAACCAGAGGACACCAGUUGUGUGUGUUGUAUACUGGAUAAUAAACCACCCUCCGCCAACAUGUUCAGGCUCCAUGUU